AUGGAAAAGAUCUCGCAAGAACGUAAGAUGACAGGCCCCAGAACAGAUGCAGACCCGCUUAGGGUGGUCGCCGCGCACCGCGACUCCCAUAGUGAAUGCUCUCGAGACGCUUUUGACUUGAAAACAACGACUUCCGAAUUGCAGAUACUUGUCCAUCAGCUUGAGCGCUGGCUUAAAGGCCGUAAGCCCGAUCGGUUACGAUAUCGUCUGAGUCCACAAGACUUCACCAAACUUACUGGGGAGUAUGAGGAGAAACUGAGUUUGGAAACUGUGCGAUACGACUACUACUCCGAUACCCACGAAUUUGUCCUUCUAAUGCCUACGCUUAAGCAUGAGGUUGUCCAUAUAGGGCUCAGCCGUCUUCUGCUAGAAAAGACCGAUCACCUCUGUGACACACAUUCAGUGGGGCGCCCAGUCGAACCAGCAGGAAGGACAGAUAUCGAAUCCGAACAGGGUGAUGUGUUCCAGCCAGAUGAACAGAUCUGGUGUCGCACGGCAGAACGGCCGGGCCUGGUUUUACUGGUGGGUUCCUCACACGAGGUCAAGGAGCUGAGAAGGAAAGCAUUUCGCAUCAUCCAGGCGGGAAAAGGACAGAUACGUCUGGUCGUUACAGUGAAACUCCUCCAAGACUCACGGGUGGAUUUGACGGUCUGGAGACCCAGUCUCACCAGCGAUGACCCGCCGAAAUUGACAGCCAAACAUGUCAAUCAGGGUAUGCGAAACACCAACGGCGAGCUUGUCCCCGGUGCGCAACUGGAAAUUCCAAUGGCGGAAUUGGCGCCUCCUAAAUCGUUGCCCGACUCCUUACGAAGCGAGACCAUUAUUAUCACAGCCGAAGAACUAUGCGGAAUCGUCAAGCACGCAGAAGACUUGGAAAAGCACCGAGAAGACUUGGACAAAGGGAAGGUCGCCGAGGAACUCUAUGAAGACUUCCCCACAGACAUCGAGUGCGCUUCGUCGCCAGCCAGUUCGUUUUUCGACUUUGACCGGGCUGAGUGA